AUGGCCUCCAAAACGGACACGAACGGCGUCGACCUCGCUCAGAUCGACGCAGCCGCGGCGCCGCCCGAGCUACAAGGUGAUAUUGCUCUUCUGGCCUCAUUUUUAUCGGUGUCGCGGCAAUCGACAGACGACCUGUCGGAUGCGGAUAUCGCGGAACUGCUGCGCCAGCUGGAGGCUGCUACUGGGGUCGCAGAAGGCGUCGAGAGCCGUCUGGAUGGUAUUUUGGGUAGCUUGGACAGUCUUUUGGAAGCGUUUAGCGGGAGUGAAACGGUCCAGGAUUCUGUGGGGACGGACACAAAGGAUUCAAAAGAGCCCAAUGAGAUACCAGCAGACGUAGAGAAUGAACGGAAGUGAAGAGAUGAAACUAGGCUGUGCUCAAGAUUCGGUUAAAACCUUCGAUCACUCCCCUUAAUACGCUGGCUUAUCGUUGGGUUGUGUCUCCUUAUUGACCGAAGGUAUAUCACGAUUUACACCUGGGGUUUUCGGACGACCUCAUCUAUACGCUUUCCCCCGUAUUGUCCCUCUCGUUAUACGGCGUCGCUGCCCUCUAUUUCGCUUCUUGCAUUACAGGCUGUUAUAUACCCC